GCCAUUGACCGGUACUGAGAAGCAGACGCGGACGCUGCUGCUGCCGCAUGUGCGCCGCUGAACGACUGGACAACGUCGGUUUGCAUGCCCAGGCGGCUCGAUCGGCUUGAUGGCGAAAGCCAAUGACCAAUAGUUUUGUACCUCAUACUUUCAGGAGCUUGUGGGCCCUACACGGGCUCGCUAUGAGGCGAAGAUUAGUAUGUGCAACGGCGUCGAUCCCUACACACUACGCGUGGAAACGAAUACGACAUCGGAUGUGGACUUGCUUCCAGCCACUACACACGUGGACAUUAUUAACUAUCUGGUCUUAUCGACAAGCUACAUUUCCCUGCUACAAAUGAAGGCGUACAAGUCCUUAGAGGCCCACAAUUACUUCACAAGCGGAUGGGUGAAGAGCCUCACAACAAUGCAGCUACCAUCCAAGCGGAUCGUCGUUCUGAGCGAGGUCAACCACUCUCAACGGCUGCAAGAGGCACCACUGAAGGCCUGGUUGCUGGCCGACGCCGACGGAAGCGUUAUCACAGCGCACUGCACCUGCAUGGCAGGAGCAGGCGAAGCCUGCGUGCACCUUGGAGCAACACUGUUCGCUGUUGAGACAGCAGUGCGUCUCAGGAAUUCAAGAAUGUGCACGGAGGAGAAGAACGUCCAGCUUCCUGCACACAGCCCGGGGACGCAGUACAAAAGGCUUCGGGACAUUGACUUCUCAUCUUCUAAAAGCAAAAAUAAACAAAUAGAUGGGGUUCACCAGAGGCUGAAUGCUGAAGUCGUGCCACUAUUGCACCCAGUUGUGCCACCUGCUCCUACAGAGGAAGAGCUCAGAAUCUUCCAUUCCAGACUUUCGGAUGCUGGAGCUGUACCUGCACUCUUCAUGUUCCACCUGCAGUACAGUGGCAGGUUUGAGCCACCUUGCAGGAGAGAACCAAGCCUUCUUUGCAACUUGUUAUGUGCAGAAGCACGAUCGGUGGACUUGCCAGCUCUCGUUUCCCGUGCCGACAAGGUGCUGGCCGAACUUGUCGUCAGUGAAGAAAUGGUAACGAAUGUAGAAAAGAGCACACGGGCACAGUCCAAAUGUGCAAGGUGGUAUUCAUAUCGUGCAGGUAGGAUUACUGCAUCAGUAAUGAAAAGUGUCUGUUCAACUAGUGUGACCCAGCCCUCAAUAAGCCUUUUGAAAAAGAUCUGCUAUCCUGAACAGAAUACCUUCACGAGUGCAGCUACAGCAUGGGGUCUCAAGCACGAGAAUGAUGCAGUCGCUAGCUAUGUUGAUUUCAUGUUAGAAAAUCACACCGACUUCACUCAUCGCAAAACGGGUUUAUUUGAGCACGCAGCACCCCACAUCGCUGCCAGCCUCGAUAGUCUUGUUUGCUGUGCAUGCUGCGGCAAGGGAGUUGUUGAAGUUGAAUGUCAUCAUUCCUUAGCCAUCAACACGAUACAGCAGGCAGUAAAUGACUCAGACUUCUGCCUAAAGGAUGUCGACGGCAACCUGCGCCUAGAAAGGAAGCACCCUUUUUUCUAUCAGGGCCGACAGUUGCUUUUUGCCUUUAGUGAAGGCAGGAACAUGCAGCUCUGCACAGUACAGGCUCAGAGUAUCGGCAAUAUCAAAUCCCCUGUCGGCGAGAACCACAUCCGCUUGGGAUAG